AUGAUCUACAAUUUAAGAGAAGAUAUAUUCAUAAUAACAAAAUUAAAACCAUCGAAUCAAGGUGAAUUGAAAGCAAAAGAAUCCAUUCAUCAAUCACUGCAGAAUCUUCACACUGAUUAUAUCGACUUAUUUUUGAUUCACUGGCCCGGAGUAUCAUCAAGGAACGUCAGUGAUCCUUCGAACGCAAAAUUACGUUCUCAGAGCUGGGCGGUUAUGGAAGAAAUGUAUAGUAAGGCUUAUAGCAGUUUCGGAAGUCCUCGAUCUAUCGAUAAGCUCGUACAAGACGAACAAAUACAGAAGAUGGCAAGCAAGUAUAAUUGCUCAAUUACACAGUUUCUGUUAGCGUGGUCCAUUUCACAAGGUAUCAGUGUUUUACCGCGAAGCACCAACGUGAAUCACAUCGCCGACAAUUACAAAUCAAUUCAAUACAAAAUCUCAGAAGAGGAUAUCGAUGCGGUUAUGUCUAGUAAAAGACGAAAGUACUGUUGGGAUCCAUCAAUUGUUUCGUAG